CGUCGUCAGUCCGUUUCGAGCUUUCGCGAUGCGUCGUCGUCUUUCUUUCGUGUGUCGAAAUAUCGCAAGAAGGUCCCAAUCGCGUCGAAGCUGUCGUGAUUAGGCGAUUGAUUGAAGGGAGCGUCGUCGUGAUUCUGUCAGGUUGUGUGGUUUCCCUGGAACCACAAUCAGAAAAAUAAGGGGAAACUUCUAGUUACAUUCUCUCGGGAAUGCACUAUUGAUGGUGUCUCGGUGCGUCGCGACGACAACGUCGGUUGGUUUGGGUUUGAAAGUGGAAAGUGCAGUGCCCUAGAAAGUUGCUCUAUGACCGACGACGGCGAUUGAAGUGAAGGCUCUUGGUGUCUCACUUUUACGCAUGGGAAAUUGUAUACCGUGAGCGUGGUGUUCAGGAGGGAAGAGUUGCAGUGCACAAACAACAGUUAUUUUGUCGCACUUGCACCUGCACAAAGUUGUCACACCGGAUUGCGGGAACGAGAUAGAGCGAAAGGGUUUGAAGUGAGAAAGAGCAAAGGUUGUCAAAUCGACGUCGCACAAUCUGCGAUUGAGAUUUUAGGGUGUGUUUGUGAACUCGGAUCUUGUUUUGUGGAGAGAUUCGUGUUGUGUUGGUGGAAAACAUCGGAAGAAGACGUCCGUCGAUGGGCCAAGUGGGAUGGUGUUGAACGUCAAAUCGCUGCACGAUUUGGUGCGGUCGAUGUGGUGAAGAAGGUGUCAAGUGUGUGAAGAAGCAAUACGCAGAGGAGCUAGCAGAGGCCUACUGGUGUAUGUGCACACGAGCUUCUGUGUAUAUUAUUCCUGCUGCUGCUUCUGGCCCAGUGAGAGGAGGCCAGCCAGAAGUUGUGUCGCGUAUUUUGUUCGAUUUCCCGUCGUGUCGUCAAAUAUUUAUUUGCAUUAUGAAUUUUGUCGCAGAAAUGGUUCCAAAAUGAGGUGCAAUCCGUUCCCCACUGCCAGCCGGAAGUGAAAGUGAAACCGGAAAUAAUCGAUCGGUGUUCGCGGGGUCGGUGUUUUGCGUUUUGUGAGUUUGGUUGGGUUGAUUUUUUUCCCUUUUCUGAUCUUUCGGUGGUGUCCUCUCAAUUUGUGUGGUUCCGAGCCGAGUGUUGGUUUAUUUUUUGGGGAAAUCAGUGCGGCCAGCCAGGCAAGGACUGCCGAUUUGGCCGAAUUGCAGCAAGAAGUGGUGCCAUCUAUGUGUUGUGAUUGUGAAUUAAGUCUGUUUGCUGCUAGUGGUGGUUCAAAGUUUUGAUAAAUGUCAAGAUGGCGGCUACUAAUCGAGCUCGUCCUCAGCAGAGAACGAACAUCUCGUUCUUCUCGAAGAUCCAGGGCAAAAUCUCGGAUGCAUGCGCCCAACAAAAGUUCCUAACAGACAAAAAGACCCUGGAAAAGACCUGGAAGCUGAUGGACAAAGUCGUCAAGCUAUGCCAGCAGUCCCGGAUGAAUCUGAAAAAUUCUCCCCCCUUUAUACUGGACAUCCUGCCGGAUACCUACCAGAGGCUGCAUCUGAUCUACUCCAAGUACGAGGAUCAGAUGCACUUACUCCAUGGCAACGAGCACUUCAACAUCUUUAUCAACAACCUGAUGCGGAAGUGCAAACAGGCCAUCAAGCUCUUCAAGGAGGGCAAGGAGAAAAUGUUUGACGAAAAUUCCCACUACCGGCGGAAUCUGACGAAGCUGAGUCUCGUUUUUUCGCACAUGCUGAGCGAGCUGAAAGCCAUCUUCCCGAAUGGACUGUUUGCCGGGGAUCAGUUCCGCAUUACCAAGGCAGACGCCGCCGACUUCUGGAAGACCCGCUUCGGAAAUAGGACCACGGCCGAUAGAUGGUUUUCCAAGUCCCUGGAUGCCGAGGUGACACCGCUCCAAUCCAGCGAUCAGGUCCACGAAAGUUUUAACCGGAUGAUUCGAUUAAAGUGA